GCUUCCAAAUAUCAUUUUCGUAUAAAUAGCGUCAUCUUCAAGCCGUCUCGAUCACAUCAUUCCGUGACAGGAUGAAAACGUUCGUGUUUCUGGUUGGUCUGCUGGCCGUUGUUGGCGCCGAAUGGGUUGAUAUUGAUUGGCCAUCGGUGCGCCCGAUCGAAGAAUUCGAUCACUACUGGAACCGUUUGCCAGCCGAGCUACAAAUCUACCGAAGGAUGCGUGGAUCGCACCGUAUCACCAACGGACAGGAAGCUAAACCCGGACAGUUCCCGUACCAGACCGCUUUGCUGAUUGACUUUUCCGGAGGAACUGCACUUUGCGGAGGUUCCGUGUUGACCCGCAACUUUAUCCUGACCGCUGCCCACUGCGUUGUGGAGCAAGCAUCGACAUUGGCGCUGGGUGGUGUCGCCAUCAUGGGAGUUCACAAUCGUACCGUCCAGGAGGACUCACAGCAGCGCAUUCGAUUUACGUCGAGUGGGAUACAGCGUCAUCCGAUGUACGUUUCCACCACUCUUCGGCAUGAUAUUGCCAUUGUACGGCUGGAUUCGUCGAUGAGUUUCACCGAUCGCAUCCAGCCUAUCCGUCUGCCGGCUCGUUCAGACGGUCGACUUUACGGGGGGUACAUCGGAACCGUGUCCGGAUUCGGGCGUACCUCGGAUAGCAGUUGGGCCAUCUCGGCUGUGCUCAGGUACACCACCAAUGGGAUCAUGACCAACGCAGAAUGCGUUAAGCGUUGGAACUAUGACACCAUCUCGAACCAGAACCUGUGUAUGUGGGGCACGGGUGGACGUUCUUCCUGCAAUGGGGAUUCCGGUGGACCACUCGCCAUCCAAGAUGGUGGACCGCAGCUGCAGAUCGGAGUGGUGUCGUUCGUAUCUGCUAGCGGGUGUGCCGUCGGUAAGCCAUCGGUGUACACUCGUGUCUCCAGCUACGUGGACUGGAUUGAGGCACAUUCAGAUUAUGUUGGUCGUCCAUAA